GGCCGAGCGAGAGGGCGAGAAAAGAUCAGAGCGCUUUGAAAACGGGGGAGGAAGGAAAAGAGAGCAGCCGAGAGUAGAGACAGAAAGCGUGAAAACACGAAAAAAAAAAGAGAGAAAGAGUAAAAGGGGGGGAAAAAAAAGAAGUGAAGAGGGGGGAAAAUUGUCGAACGCGGUGGAAGACGAGGGGAAUCGAUCCUUUCAAUCUCUCUCCAUUAGGCCAAUCCUGCUCGAUCGGAGGCUUCCAGAACCUUCGGGAGCCUUCUAGAAGGCCAACACGCACGGCCGCCCGCGAUUCCCGGGAUGGAGCUGCACGGACGGAGGCCCGCAACGGAGGGCGCCCAUCCGGAUCCCGACACUGGCGUGGAAGAAUCCAUGUGGAGGUUGGGAUUGGGCGGCGGCGGCGGCGGUGAUAUGCCGUACCCGGAGCGACCCGGCGAGCCCGACUGUGCCUACUACAUGCGCACCGGAUCGUGUGGCUAUGGCGAGAGGUGCCGCUACAAUCACCCCCGCGAUCGCGGAGCGCGAAGCGGCGGUGGAAGGACCGGAGUGGGAGAGUAUCCAGAGCGCGUGGGCCAACCUGUGUGUGAGUAUUACAUGAGGACCGGAACUUGCAAAUUUGGUUCUACGUGCAAGUACCACCACCCGAGACAAGGAGGUGGAUCUGUGCGGCCAGUGUUGUUCAAUUAUUAUGGAUUCCCGCUACGGCCGGGUGAAAAAGAGUGCUCCUACUAUAUGAAAACAGGACAGUGCAAGUUUGGGUCAACCUGUAAAUUCCAUCAUCCACAACCUGCUGGUGCUUCAGUGCCUUCACCUGCACCUACAUUUUAUCCAACGGUGCAGUCUCCUGCAGUUCCUUCACCUCAUCCAUAUUCAUCUUUAGGCGGUUGGCAAGUGGGAAGGCCUUCAGUGUUGCCUGGGUCAUACAUGCCAGGGUCUUAUGGUCCCAUGCUGCUUUCUCCUGGAGUUGUUCCAGUUCAGGGUUGGGGUCCUUAUCCGGCUCCUGUAAGUCCAGUAGUCUCCCCUGGUGGGCAACAAACUGUUCAAGCAGGACAUUUGUAUGGGUUAUCCAGCCAAACUGCUUCAGUCCCUGCUUACCCAGGACCUUAUACUCCAGUAUCUUCCUCAGCUGGGCCUUCAAGCAGUAGUCAGAGGGAACACACAUUUCCAGAGCGACCUGGCCAACCUGAGUGCCAGUUCUACAUGAGGACAGGAGAUUGUAAAUUUGGAGCCACAUGUAGAUACCAUCAUCCACGAGACUGGAGCAUACCAAAAACAAACUGUGCUCUUAGCCCUCUAGGUCUCCCUCUUCGUCCGGGGGCUCAGCCUUGUGCAUACUAUGCUCAACAUGGAGUGUGUAAGUUUGGGCCAACAUGCAAAUUUGAUCAUCCAAUGGGAACUUUGAGCUACAGUCCUUCUGCUUCUUCUCUUUCUGAUAUGCCUGUUGCUCCCUACCCAAUUGGAUUCUCUGUGGCGACAUUGGCUCCAUCCUCAUCAUCUUCAGAUCUACGGCCUGAAUUCAUUUCUACCAAGGAGUCUUUCCCUACCCGAGUGCCAUCAUCUGAGAGCACAUCUAGUGGUUCUGUUGGUUCAAUUUUUUCAAGGGGGAGUUUCCUUCCCCACUCCCUCAUUCAACCACAAGCUUCUACGUUGAGUAGCAGCAGCAACAUAGGUCAUGGUGGUGAGAUAUCUGGUUCAAGCUGAGAAAAUCUGAAGUGUAUUCUUUUCAAAUUUUUCUUCAAGACAAGUUUGGAACUCCCAACAGGUUUUACAUUGUUCUUGACACGAGUGGAGAUGCUUCAGGCUGUCUCCAUUUCUAUUCUUGUUUCUAUCAUCUCUCUCUGGUCUAUCCCACGCUCUGGUAGUCCUUGUGUUCAUACAAUCUUUAUCAGUCCAACUUUUGCCACUCAAAUAAGCUAUAGUCAACAUAGAAGAGGCAUAGCAAAGCACUAGGGUCUUCCCCCUCCCUUUCCAAUAACUGCAACAGGAAGCCCUUUGAUAAAUUAAAAGCCAAAUGUGUCUGCCUGCUGGUGUCUAUUCAUGAUUUGAUCUUUUCGAAAUGAGAAAGGAUCAUACAUGUCAUGGCUUCUCUACAUUCCCUACUUAGCAGUUUUAGCUUCAUUGCCUUAAUGGUUGCAUAAUUCGACACAGAGCAGCCUCCAGUUUCUGGCUUUCAAGCACGUCUACACAUGUAAGGCUGCCAUGGUUUUGCCUCUCCCAGUUGUUCAGGUUCUUAUCUUUGUAUCUUCUCAUAUUUAUUUUGAGCAGAACUUUAUAGACUCAAAUGUAAUAUAUGAUUGCUGUCCACCUGACACAAGGGACGGUGUUAUCAUGAGAAAUUCUGAAUGCUUAAUUUAAUCAGCCAAGGAAAAUCCAAUCAA